AUGGGACUACAGUUCAAGCGAAAUGCAGACAGCAGACCACUCGUGGGAUUUGUAGACGCCGACUGGGCAUCCGACACGGAAGAUCGCAAGUCGGUAACGGGUUACCUGUUUAAAGUUUACGGCUCAACAGUGUCCUGGGCAAGUCGGAAGCAACCAACAGUCUCCAUGUCUUCUAGCGAGGCCGAAUAUGUUGCGCUAGCUGCAGCUGUAUCCGAAGCCAUCUGGUUAGCUGGAAUUUUGGAAGACCUCAACUGCAAGAAACCGACGGAUCCUGUGCCAAUCUACGAGGAUAACCGAGGCUGUAUAGGGCUGCCCGGAUAA